CUCCCAUAGCACGCAGUGCCUGUCACCUCUGUAUUGUGCCUGUCACUUCUGUCGUUAAGUACAGAGAGGUCGUAGUCUCAAGCAGGUAGAUCAUUAAAUGGUUUCGGAGAGUUCGCGAGCGUAAUUCACACUUUUGGGGUCAUGAUGGAGAUUGAGGAUGGAAAACCAUUGUACGAGCGGAGAUUUGAUGCCGCUGUCAAAGUGAUACAAAGCUUGCCUCCAGACGGUUCCUUUCAGCCCUCCAAUGACAUGAUGCUCAAGUUUUACAGUUAUUACAAACAGUCCACACUAGGACCCUGCAACACACCCAGACCUGGAUUCUGGGACCCCAUGGGCAAAGUCAAAUGGGAUGCAUGGAAUGAUCUGGGAGAAAUGCCCAAGGAAGAGGCAAUGAUUGCUUAUGUUGAUGAAUUGAAGCUGAUCCUUGAGGGCAUGCCCUGUACAACAGAGGUAGAGCAGCUGCUGCUGGUGUUGGGCCCCUUCUAUGAGCAGGUGCAAGAGAAAAAACACAUAAAUCAGAUUUCCGACCUGUCUGCAGGUUUUGGGACCAUGAUUACAUCAGCACCUUCAAAAAGUGUCACAAGGAGCAUCAUUAAGACAAUGGAAAUUAAUGGCACUUUGGAGACACGGUCACCCAGGCCAAAGCCCAAAGUCAUGGCAGUGAAGGAACAGAGGGAGGAAGAGGAGUUUGAGUUUGAUGAGGAAGAUGAAGUUGAAGAAAUUGCUGAGAUCAAGGAGGUGAAAAAAGCAACUGAAAAGUCGAAGAGAAAGGGCUCAUCCAGGAGACCUAAAGUCCCCCUGUCCGAAGGUAAUGUGAGGAACGGGACGAGCCACUUUUCCAAUGGGACCUCCAAGGCUGCGCUGAACAGUGAGGACUCAGAGGAGGGCCUCUUGAACAGCACCCUGCCCCUGGAGCCCCAUGUCCAGGUCAACGGCCACCACGCAGAUCUGGAUGUAUCCUGGCCCCGUCAUGUGGCCAGUGACUCAGACAGCGAGGUCUACUGUGACUCUAUGGACCAGUUUGGCCUGGAAGAGGGCUCUGAGGCACACACUGACCGCUGUCUGGAGCUGGAUGAGGAAGACCAGGGGGAGAGCCACAGCCCUCUGUCUGAUCAGGAGGGGCCCGCCGAGGCACCGUGUGGGACCCCUGAGGACUCCCAGGGGCCACCCAAGGGCAUCCAGUGUGGCGGGGAGGAUGGGGAGACGAGUGGAGGGGCCUCUCAGAGACAGAGACUGAAUACAGAUAGGGUCAAUAGGAGAGAACGAGGCUCCAGGUCUUCAGGGCACGGCGUGGAGGCCCAGGGGCCCUUGCAGGGUAGCGGAGGGGACCGGGAGCGAUGGGGUGGAGCGGGAGCAACAGGAGGCAGUCUGAAUGAGCAGAUCGUAGUGGCGCUGGCCAGACUGCAGGAGGACAUGCAGAGUGUCCUGGAGAGAUUGCACACACUCGAGGCCCUCACUGCAUCCCAGUCGUUGGCUCUACCAUACCCACCGUCACCCCUGGUAAAGAAGGGAAGUAAGAAACCAUCCUGGUGGCCUUUUGACAUGUCUCCUAGCGCUGUUGCCUUUGCUGUGGCUUGGCCUUUUGUGGUGCAGUGGCUUAUCCGUCUAUAUCUUCAACGCAAGAGAAGACGAAUCAACUGAAAAGUCUCCCGUCCCAAAGACACAGAGCGACGAUGAGAGCCCUCUCAACAGUCUCUGGUUGGGUAACGGCCGUAGCCUCCCUUCCGCUUUCCCACCCACACCUCUAUAACUCUAGCUUUUGCACUAUGAAGAUGGCACUAGGAGUAGUGAGUUGGGGGAAGCCUCACAACCCACUGAGUAGUGAGUUGGGGGAAGCCUCCGAACCCACUGAGUAGUGAGUUGGGGGAAGCCUCCGAACCCACUGAGUAGUGAGUUGGGGGAAGCCUCACAACCCACUGACAUUACAAUUGAAAUCAAAGAGAAAUGUGAAUGAAUUGAACUGCAGCUUUUAUAAUCACGCAAGAUUAUACAACUACUGUACUACAUUAGUACUUUCUUUUUGCUCUGAAGAAAUGACGAAGUUAUUGGUUGUGUAUGUUGAGUAUAGCUUCUUUUCUUGCAAAUAUUCCGUACAUCUUACGGCACGGAUCGGCAACUUUGAUGGGGUUGUGUUCCAAGAAGAAGACAAAAAAAUCAAACUCUCCUUUUUAGCGGUUCGUCUCCUGACAGCGAAGAAGGGAAAAAAAUGAUGUUUUAAACUUAAUUUCCUGCAAUUCUACAUAUUUUGCCAUGGGGCGUAAAGAAAAUGUUGCCGUUUUAAAUAUGAUGAUCAGUGGGCCCCACCCCAGUUAGUAAUUUGACUAUGUUUACUGCAAGUCUAGACAGCUGGCCACGAGACUAACUGACCAAUGUAAAAACAUUUAGCUGACCUGGGCUUAUUGAGUGACUGCUGAUGCACAACAAAAACCGAAUGUCGAAAUUUCAGCUUAUGUAUUCUACUAUUCUAACUCUCCAACAUUUUUCUUUUGUCGGUCAAAUUGGUCCGCGGGCCUUCAA